AUGACCACUAAGUCAACUAUGAUGCCAAAGGCGUACGCUAUCGCACUAGCUUCCAUACCUGGAAUAUGGGCCAUCACACCAAGUGCAAGAUGGGGACAUCAAGCUGUUUACGUGAAAUCAAAACAGGCCAUGUACGUGGUGGGAGGUGAAGUGCCGACUUCAGGCAGUCAAAUCACCAAUGAAGUUUUGGUUUUGAAUCUAAACUCAUCCAGCCCUACCUUCUCCACUGGAUCCUCAGAGGGUCUCCCGCCCCAUGCCUUCGGAUCAAUGAUCGUAACAGCCGACGGUUCCUCGCUAGUCGUGACUGGUGGAAUUACCUCGUCAUGCGAUAAUGACGGAACAACCCAUACACUAAGUUUGAAUGAUGAUGGGGGGUGGGUGACAGCUUCACCCAAAAGUUUCAUCAGGCGGAGAGGAGCAGGAGCGGCAUAUGUCAAGGAUUCAAGUGGGAAUGAAGAUGUCAUGGUUGUUGGAGGUAUCGCAGAUUCUUACGUCUGUUCCUCUUCGAGCUACUCAUACCCCGCAUCCGACGUGCUGUCCCUCCCUCUGGGCUCCUCCUCACUCAUCUCAUCUCGAAGUCUCCCUUCGUCCCUCACCGGAUCCGAUCUGGCUGUAUCAGAUUUCGCACUCACCGCCAGUGCCGAUGGAGAUAAGAUCUAUCUGACGGGUGGUCAGACCUCCUCAGGAGAAUUCGUAGAUAUGACUACAAUCGGUAUAUGGGAUUCAACAAAUGGAUGGAAAUCUCAAGUAACCAGUGGUGAUGUACCCUCAGGAAGGGUUGGAGCUAGUUUGGUCGCCCAUCCUAAUCUCGACAUCCUGAUCCUUCAUGGAGGUUCGACUGAUUCUUCAGGCACUUCAUCCAAUCUCCUUUCUCUUCUCAAUACGACCAGCUGGCAGUGGUCCACCCCAUCCGACCUCCAACCAUCCUCAUCAUCCGCAUCUUCCUACCAUUCCUCAAUCAUCACAGAUCAGGGAGUGAUGAUCACUGCUUUCGGUCUCGCAUCGAGUGGAUCUCCUAGCUCUGAUGUCUACUAUUUAGAUAUGAGAGAUCCUACCGGUCCUAGCGGGUGGUCAUGGAAAGACACCUGGAGUUCGGAAAUGCUUCAGGCCUAUUCAGGCUCAAGCUCAACUUCCAAUGUUACUACUACCACUGGAGGAGGGGUAACAGCUGCGAAAGAUAAUGAUGGAGGGAUGUCAUCUAAGAAAAUAGCUUCUAUCACUGUACCCAUCUUAGUCAUCGCUCUACUCCUUUCUCCAAUUAUCAUCUACCUUAUUAGAAGACGAAUGAGGUUGAUCAAGAAACGAAGGAUGGCCAGACAUUUCUCUUUCUCCUCUCAAGAAGACGAAGGGUUCUUUAAUGGUCCAAGUAAUGGUUUAUUCUCGAGAUUCCUAUCUAGAAAGAACGAGGCAAGGGAUAUGAAUGAAAGACAGGGAAAUUAUCUAUCUAGAAUGGUCACGAGAUUAUCAUCAAGAUCGAAUUCCGAAGAAGAUCACGAUGAUAUACCUUACGUGCCGCCUAGAGAGAUGGUAGCAGUUACAAACUCUAGAUCAGUCACCUUCAAAGAUUCACCUGAAAUCGCGAAAGACAGACAGAUGAAUUGGGAAGAAAUCGAUUUUGGCCUCGGUAAACUCGACGAGUCGAGACAUGUUUCUUCUUCCUUUAACCAACCAAAUAAUGGUACUUCAUCUGCAGAUGUCCAAUCUCCUUUCGGUGAUCAUGCUGCUGCCCCUGUCUCAUUCCCUGUUCCUCAACCUCAAUCUCAAGGAUACACCAAUGAAAUGCUUUACAGCGACGAAGCUAUUUCGCCUCCUUCCGUCGGUCGUCUUAACGAACCUAACACCUUAUCUGUCAACUACCCAGCUAUGGUUCCUACCUCAGCUUCAGCCGUCGGAGGUUCCGUCCCUAUUAGCGGUAAUGGACAAAGCUGGGACAGUCUAGCUAAGGAAUUAGAAACCAAACCUGCUUUCCGAUCUAUCUCACCUACCGCUCAACUUCGAUCUCACGCCCAUCCUGCUCCUGCCUCUUCAGGUCCCAAUGUGGGUGUCGUAGCUCCGGGUGAUAUUUAUGGUGGAUUGAGAAGUGAAUCUCCUAGACCUACUUCUCCUGCACCUUCUAUCCCACCUUUAGACUUCCAAACUCAAUCUGAACCUCGACGACCAGCCUCUGUACUAUCCAAUCGAUCAAACGUCUCUGAAAAUGGUACGAUCAGACUUGUCAACCCCAAUUCUCCUUCUCAACGAAGACCCGAAUUCUUGCCUUUCCAUCAAACCCCUCACGGCAAUAGAUCAGUCUCUCAACCUAUCAGACACCUUGCCGGAUCAACUCCUUUGAACAGAAGAGGAUCAUCCAAUAGUGAUACUUCCCCUUUGUCAAGUGGACAAACUACUACACCUAAAAAUAGGAAUAUCUCAUUGAGUUAUACUCCCGGUAUGAGAACUGCUUCCAACCCCAUUUCGUCAAUUGGGUUGGGUAGUCCCGCUGGGAAUGGCAGCCCAGUCAAUGUAGAGAGACGAUCGAGUUUGUUGAGAGUUGUUAAUGUUACUGAAGAUGGAGAAGGACAAGGACAAGGUGCUGGAAAUGCUCUCUAG